AAACAUGUUGUAGUAUCUGCGCUGAAUAAAAUGAACCUCGCUGGACUGAAGAGAAAACUUUAUAUUCUUUUGGAAUCAACACUUGGAUGUUUUUGCUUCUUGUUGAAUACAUGUUCCUGCGUGUGAUGAUGUGGAAUGUAAACCUGGUUUUCUUGGAUCUGGCUGUUGACCCAGUGUGUUUUGGAAUAAACCUGCCAUGUGCCUUCUGCUUUUCCAGCACAAAAUGAACUAGUUGGGCAGCGUAACUGUUAAAACAUGCUGGCUGCACCUCCACCCGUAGCCUGAAGACACCACUCCCCUCAUCGUCUUUCUCCUCUGCCUCCUCCCUGGUUCUUGUCACUCUCUCUCACGCACCAUCGAGGACACCUCUACAUCUAGACUUCACUUGUUCACACUGAGUGGUAACAGCGGCUCAUGGCCGUUCAGUCCACUGUGAGUGUGUGAGGUCUGGUGCUCACAGUGGGACAGUGUCAUGUUGGCUUUAGCAGCAUGUGGAAGGCAGUUCUUGUGUUGUAUCAGCUCUUGGUACUUAGUCGGUCACUCUGGGCUCAGGAUGGUGUCGGAGCUGCAGCCAUCACUCCUCAGGACUGCACUCUGGAGUGUAUCCAAGAGGGAGGGCCUGGAUGUGAAUACUGCAGAAUAACCAGAGAUGAUGUGAAGAGCACUCUGGGCUUCAACUCCAUUGAGGCGUUUGGAAGUUGUAUUCCAUGGCCAUGUUUUGAGCUGCUGGGAGAAAAUGACCCUAAAAUCUGUCAGCACUACGUUCAUGCACCAAAUGAUGUGAAGGUUGAGCUUGUGUAUGAUCCAGCCCCUGAAUCUGACACUAUUGUUGUCUCCUGGAAGCCCAGUUACUAUGGGAUCACCUUCCUGCGAGGCUUUCAGGUGUCCCUUCAGGCUUUGGGAGGGCCCAGUGUUGCCUGUCAGCUCUUCCUCUUUCACCGUAACCUCUCCCUCCCGGCUUCACAUGCUCAAAAGGUGUACAAAUCAGACCCUUUCCCCCACCUUCCCCUGGGAUCUCAGUAUGCUGUUACAGUCAUGGCUCUGCCAGUGCCUGAGGAGUGGGAGAAGUUCUACCACAGCAAGAUCUUCACCACACGCUCGUGUGCAGAGAAGAACAGUCUUGAGCAAUGCAAAAAAGACUGGUACCCCAAACAUAUUGAGGUCCAGCAGAAAGGAACUGUCAUCACUGUGACCUUCAACCUGGCUCCUCCAAACCUGGGCAUCAGAAGCUACUUCUCAAUGUGCUACGCAAAUGGCAUAAAGAAAUACACAGAGAUAACUCCAAAUUCCAACAGAAACAAAUCUCACUACAGUUAUCAGCUGAAUGACCUCCACGAAGGAACCAAUUACACUUGCGAGAUUGCAGCUAACGAAAUGGAUGCAGUGAGGAAAAUAUUCAAUGUUCAGGUCAUGCACAAUCAAAAAGACAUGGUCACGCUACUCUCUGUCACUCCCUCCUUGGCCCUGUUGCUUCCACUGGGCCUGGCUGUGGCAGCCAUAUUUGCAGUCUUAUUGUGUGUUCUUACCACGAGGAAGCCAAAGCUGUGGAUGAAUAAACUCCACAUAAAACCAGAUAUUAUCAAGGAGCAUCAAGAGAGCAGGACUCCGGAGGAGGUGGUAUCAUUGCCCAGAAACAGGCUGACUCCUCCUCGUCUCCUGAUUUGCUACAGUGGCUAUGACGGCCCUGCCCAUGUCAAAGCAGUCAUGCAGUUGGGGGCCUUCAUACAGCAGCACAUGGCCACUCAGGUGUGCCUGGACCUGUGGGAUUCUCUGAGUGUGGCUGAGGAGGGCAGCAUGGCCUGGCACUGCCGGCAGAUCCAGGAGAGCGACUUUGUCUUGGUGAUCUGUUCUCGGGGCCUCAACCACAGACCUGAGCUUUCACAGUCAGAGGGUCAUGAUGAAGAUGAGGAGGAAAAUAGAAGGUUGUGCUUUGGGUCCAACAACUUCAGCUCUGAUGCAGCCAUCCACCUUAUUGGAGAGGAGGUGGGCCGAGCCAAAGGCAGAGGGCAGGACCUUUCCAAAUACAUGGUAGCCAUUUUUGAGUACUCUGAGGAGAUGGACAUCCCCACUGAGCUGAGGCUGGUAUCUCAUUACACACUAACCAGCGACUUACCGCUGCUCUUCUCCCACCUCCAUGGAGUGGCUCUCCACCGGCCAGGGGGUUACCUGAGAAUAAAUCACAUCUCAGAGGAUGGUUUUAUUAAGUUACCAGCUGGAGCUGCUCUGCAGUUGGCUAUCUACAAGGCUGGGAUGGCCAUGAAAAAAAGUCAUCACCCUGUGGAGGGAGGAGACUAAACACUAAAAAAGGAAUCCACAUACUGGUGGUCCUCAGCUCAGUAAAGGUGAGACUGCCUUGAAGAUAGAAGUUCAUGAUGGCCACAAACCAGCUGGUUCCAUAUCUGGUCAUACAGGAAGAUGUUUGGGAGCUCACAACUGGAGGGUGACAGUACAUACACAAUCCAUACAAUCACUGCUGAUGUGCCCUUAUGUAAUCGACCAACUAACCACCUCUGCUUCAGUUAUGCUGCUGUGGCAGCAACUGAGCACUUUGACCUCUAAAAUGUGUUAACAUGCUGAGUGUGUCUACAGGAAGGAUUUGUUCAAAUAACGUCCAGUAAUGUAUGUCAUGGUCAAUAAAGCAAUUUAAUCUUACAAAUUUUCAAGUAUUAAAUGUAGCGUGACAUUUUCUGGUCAUUUUAUGUAAAAAGCUAUUAUGAAAUUAAACAUUUGUCAUAUAUGCACUGUACAUAAAUAAACCAUUAAUCUCAUAAAUUAGUAAUUGAAGUUAUUCUGUGAGAAUGUUUGCCUUACAGUACACAUUGAACAGUGUAUCCAUGCAUAUUUACAGAUAUGUUUAUAGUCUAUUUAUACAUGUAUGUAUCUCAUAUCCAUAAGACUGGAGUGACAGGUCCUAUCAUUUUUUAUUUUAUGCUGAUCUGAUGUUACCCAUUUGUGUGAAAAUAUGGAUUUUUCUUCAUAUCUAAUCAUCUAAUAAAGCAAAAUUAAAACGA